AUCCCAUCCGUCCGUGUGUCAACUCCGUCAUUAGGUACAUCAAUAAAUUUAUUCCUUUCCUCUCGCUCUCGCUCUCUGUUUCUAUCUCUUUCUCUCUUUCUCUCUCGCCACCUCAUUUACUUCGCGUCCUACUGCCGGGAAGCCAUCCUCGACAAAAAACCUACACCGACGUGCCACACCCUCUCGCCUGGACCAUACGAGGCCCGUUCUCGCGUUCGAUGGCUCCUCUUUGAAUUCAGCCCACUUUCCGCGCGGCCGCCUAGACCCGUUCGUCUCAUGGGUUGGCGAGGCUGAAAAUCUCGCAAGACCUCGACGGCAUGAAGUUCGCCAAAGAACUCGAGCAGGACCUAGUUCCAGAAUGGAGGGUCAAGUACCUCAACUACAAGGCCGGCAAGAAAUACAUCAAGGCCGUCUCAAGAGCCAUCAGCCGAGCGAGCGGGACGCCUCGCAGCUUGGGAAGAAGAGGGGACGCUUCACGGCGAGAGACUGUCCAUCUCCUAGGCCAAGCUUUUCGUUGGCCAGGCCUGGGUGGCGACUCCGAACCGGAGGAGAGCGAGGCAGCGGGGAGAGGUCACGAACUACCAAGGGCCCAACCGUCGCCAAUUCCUAUCUGGACCGAACGCCAAUCGCUGACUGCGUCGCCGGGCCACGAAAGGCAAUAUGGAAGCUUCGUGCCCACGCCGCCAGCCACCGCGGAGGCUUGGAACGCCUUCGAGCUGCCCGCUCCAGCUUUGAUGCCUGUCGUGCCCGAAAACUCGAGGGCACCGGGGCCGGCACUGCAACCCCGCCCUACCGAAGCACCCUCGAAUACGGUCAAUCCCCGGCGCAGCGCGUCGCUAAGCGGAGAGGCCGUCGGAGCCGGUCCUCGGCCACCUAUUUUGCCCCGCCCUAGCCCUAGGGAGCAACAGAACCCGGUCCCCGGCAGGCUGAGGCGCAUCUUCUCGACAGGCCCGUAUCGGGCUAACACAGAAAACAACAAGCUCGAAUACGACCUGCAGACUAUAGAGACGGUGAGGGAGCGAGAGAAAGACUUCUCCGAUUUUCUGGAUCGCGAGCUGGAGAAGGUAGAGACAUUCUACCGCCAGAAGGAGGAGCAGGCCGGUCAACGGCUCCAGGCCCUGCGAGAACAGCUGCACGAGAUGCGAAACCGGCGUACGCAAGAGGUCGCCGAGCUUAAGCGCCAGAGGGAGAGCGGCGAGAACGGGAAUGGCCACGAUGGUAAGGGCAAGUUGCCCGCCGUCAACGGUUCUCACGGCUGGGUAGCUCCGAUCAAGGCCAAGAUAUUCAAGCCUGGCGCCAACUCGAAGGCUCUAUUAAACUCUCAAUUCACGCCCAUAUUGGAUGCCGUGGGGGCACAUGCAAGGAGAGACUACACGAGGCGACCGCCGAGCCAGGACGUGUCGUACCGAACAGCGAAACGGAAGCUCAAGUUGGCGCUGCAAGAAUUCUACCGGGGUCUUGAACUUCUACAGUCGUACGCAUCGCUCAACCGCGUUGCCUUCCGGAAACUCAACAAGAAGUAUGACAAAACCGUCAAGGCGAGACCCCCUUAUCGGUACAUGAAUGAGAAGGUCAACACGUCGUGGUUCGUUAACAGCACCACCGUGGACGGGUACAUUCAUGCGGUCGAGGACCUCUACGCGCGAUACUUCGAGAAAGGAAACCGAAAGAUCGCCUCGGGGAAGCUCCGUCGCCUCAACCGACGGCCCCGCGAUAGAUCCGACGUCGCCUUCGAGAGCGGACUCUUCAUCGGCACCGGCGCUGUAUUUACUCUCCAGGGCCUCGUCUACAGCGCUAAACUCCUAUCCGACCAGGACCCUAGCGUAGUAGAGCAGACUAGAUACCUGAUGCAGAUAUACGGCGGCUACUUCUUAAUCCUGGUUCUCAUGUUCCUGUUUUGCCUCGAUUGCUACGUGUGGACGGCCAACAAGGUCAACUACCCUUUCAUCUUCGAGUUUGAUACCAGGAAUAACUUGGAUUGGAGACAGCUCUCCGCCUUCCCGAGCUUCUUCUUCUUACUCUUUGGGCUUUUCUUCUGGCUUAAUUUUCUCCGGUACGGCGGCGAGGAAUUAUAUAUCUACUGGCCCGUGAUCCUCAUAGGGGUCACGUUGGUUAUUCUCCUAUUGCCGUUGCCGAUCCUAUGGCAUCGAAGCCGCCAGUGGAUCGCGUAUUCACAUUAUCGGUUAUUCUUCGCCGGCUUGUACCCCGUCGAGUUCCGCGAUUUCUUCCUCGGCGAUAUGUAUUGCUCGCUUACCUACGCUACCUCUAAUAUCGAACUGUUCUUCUGCCUAUACGCGAACGGUUGGACCAAUCCUAACCAGUGCAGCUCCAGCAACUCUCGCUUGCUCGGCUUCUUCAGCGCACUCCCGCCGGUCUGGCGUGCGUUACAGUGUAUCCGCCGAUACUACGACACCGGUAACGUCUUCCCCCAUCUGGUAAACGGCGGCAAGUACGGCAUGACCAUCAUGUCAGCUGUGACCUUGUCACUUUAUCGCAUGUGGGGAACCGAGUCGAACUUCGGGCUCUUCGUCACCUUUUCCGCCAUCAACAGCAUCUACACUUCGAUAUGGGACCUUUUCAUGGACUUCUCCUUCUUCCAACCGGACACGCGCCACCGCUUCUUGAGAGAUAUACUAGCUCUUAAGCGGCGGAGGAUGUACUACUGCGUCAUGGUUCUAGAUCCGAUACUCCGGUUUAGCUGGAUAUUCUACACCAUUUUCGCCUACGACAAACAGCAUAGCACCGCUGCGACCUUCCUCAUCUGUCUCGCGGAGGUGAUCCGCCGCGGUAUCUGGGCGCUGUUCCGCGUCGAGAACGAGCACUGCACCAACGUUGCCCAGUACAAGGCUAGCCGCGAUAUUCCCUUGCCCUACCGCCUCGACCAUGAGCCGCUUAUCGAGCGCGCGGGCACAGAGGAAGAAGGAAACCAACGGCGGGGGACGACAGGAAGCGCUUCUUCUCUUUUCCCCGACGGCACAGCAACCGUAAGCGCCGUCGAUUGCGGCUCGGCGAGCGCGCACGCCCAGGACCAUGCCCAGGAGCAGGAAGACGCCCAGACCAGCAGCAGUAACGGGGGAAUCAGGUGGCGUAGGAAGCACGAGAUGGUUCACGCACGGUCGAUCCGCGACGUCAUGGCCGAGGCACAUAGGCAGGACUUCGAGAAGCGGAGGCGUCCGUCAGAACUCGGGACGUCCGGUGGCGGUGGCGGGGGGCUGGUGAGCACGAUUCAGAGCGAAGAUGAGGAAGAGGACGAGGAUGAGGAUGAGGAUGAGGAGACGGGCAGCAUAACCGACGAGCGCAUGCAAGUACGACAGGAGGGACUGGUGACGCCGGAGACGGGCGAGAGGCGUACCUGAGACGCAGAGAUUCACUUACCUACCUGUGCAUACGUGCGGCGGAGUCCGGGACGAUAGGACGAGUAAAUACCUAAUAAGGAUGGUAUUAAUAACGGAUUCUAGCGGAUUUGGGCGGCCCUAUACCUGCACGCCCUCGUACGCAUACGUGUACGCGAAACGCGCGGCUAUCAAAUCUAGUCAAGGCCAGGUCCUACCCUAGUAGAGAUAGAAGAGAUAAUGAGCGAACGCCUAAUAAACGCGAGAUCGAAUUGUCCGUCGCAUAUAUUAGAAUACGUCCGUUUCCGGGACUCCCUAGGAAAGCGAUGGGUAUCGAAAAAACAGGAGCAACGGGAGCCCUGUCCAUCGCGCUUCUCUCUUAUCUGGCCUCCGUCACGUUCCCCCAACCAACCCACCAAAUCCGCCCGUCCUCGUCAAACCCUCUCGAACCGCACGUGCAGCCCGUCGGCGGGUCCCAGCGUCAGACUCGGGUUAGCGAGCUUGACCGGAGCGUCGUCGUUGUCGUCGUCGUCCUCCUCUUCUUCCUCUGUCUGCCCCGGGCGCCGUCGCCGGCGGAGGCCGACGAAGCACCACCGCGGCACGAGGGUGACGAGGACCGCCUUGACGAGGGCGAGGGCGAGGGCGCGGCCGGGGCAGGCACGGG